AUGCAGCGGUCACCUGCCGCACGCCUUGUGGCCUCUAUCGCCGGAUGCAACUUGAGGUGCCGGCUGCCUUUGUGGUGCUGUGAGGCUGAGGCCGGGACAGCAUGCGCAAUAAGAAGGAGGUUGAGCAAGCAGGGUGGUGGUGCCUUCAUGACCUGGGCUGCAUUCCCCGACUCGGCCAUUGAAGUGUCUCAAGGCCGCCGGGCGAUACGGCAGUUCAACAGCUCUGACGCCGCCAACCGUACGUUUUGUCCGAAAUGUGGUUCGACCAUUGCUCUGAAUUACCACAGCCAGCCGGGAACGACAUGGCUUGCUGCCGGCAUCCUUGACGGAGACGUCGGAUGUUGUCCAGAUAGCCACAUCAUGCUCAACUACAAGGCAGCUUGGUUCGACCUGACCGAGCAUGUCCUGCAUCGGUUCCCUGAAGGGGGUUGA